UGAAUCGCCUUCAAAUUGCACAGAGCGUUCAGCGAAGGGGUCAUAAACACACAGAAAAAAAUUCAGCUUGGUGAUAGCAUUUUUUGAGCUGGCCCCAUAACAACCUUAAAUUCUAUAGAGAAAAUGAUUUUUCAAAAACUUCCAAAGAACAAUACUGCAAUAAUAAAUAUAGGUCGAAGACUAUUUGAGUUACAGCGCUAUAAUGAAGAGUUGAAGUUCAAAGAUUUUAAUUUUACUAUAGGGAGUUCAUUUUCUUCUUUCAUUUUAUGAAUCGCCAAGUGCGUCGGUGGCGCGCCCGCGUGAAUAUACCAUCUGUUCAUCAUGUAGUUGCAAUGUGUUUUUCUCAUCACGUGUCUAAAAGCAUGGAGUUCGAUGGGUGUACCCCAAGUUAUUAUAAAAGCGCUGGAAGAUCAAAAAUUUGAAGCUCCCACAGCGAUUCAGGCGUUGACUCUUCCACCUGCAUUAAUGGGACGUAGAGAUAUUUUGGGAGCAGCAGAAACAGGCAGUGGUAAAACCUUGGCAUUCGGUAUUCCUAUUAUAGCGGGAAUCCUCGAUCUUAAGCUUCGAAAGCCAGAAACACAUUCUACAACGCAAGAAGUUAAUAAAAGUAGACAGAAAGCCAAAAAAGCAAAACUGAGCGAUGGUUGGUUGGUGGAAGAUGUCAAUUCAAUGGAAGACGAUGCGAAUAACUCUGAUGAUGAUUGUCAAGGAUCAAUAGACUCUGACUCUGAAAUCGAAGGAGAUGAGCUUGAGGAUGAAAUAAAUCUGGAUGAAAAUGGUAUAGGUUGUGUUCGAGUUAUUGACAAUAUAGAUUUUGGCACGUUUCACAAAAAAUCUGACAAGCCGUUGUACGCCUUGAUUUUGACACCGACAAGAGAACUGGCUAUGCAGAUAAAACAUCAUCUUUGUAAAGCAGCAAAGUAUACGGACAUUAAGAUUGCUGUAGUAGUCGGUGGAAUGGCUGCUGUGAAACAAGAAAGAAUUUUGAGCAAAGGACCCGAAAUAGUGAUAGCAACGCCCGGUCGUUUAUGGGAAUUGAUAGAUCAAGGAAAUCCUCACCUCAAUCAAUUAACAUCGAUCAAAUAUUUGGCAAUUGACGAAACCGAUAGAAUGUUAGAAAAAGGUCAUUUCCAAGAACUGCAUCAAAUUUUGGAGCGUAUGAACGUUGAUGAGGAGACCAUGCAAGAACGUCAAGUAUUUGUUUUCUCCGCUACACUCACUCUUGUCCAUGAAAUUCCUGAAUAUCUCCAGAGGAAAAAGCAAAAGAACAACAGAAGCAAAAUAAGGAAACUAACGCCUGAGCAGAAACUACAAAAGGUUAUUGAUUUUUUGAAAAUAAAAAAUCCCAAGAUAGUCGACGUCACUCAAACUUCAGGAACUGCAAAAACUCUAACGGAAUGCCGUAUCGCCUGUACAAUGGAUCACAAAGAUUAUUACUUGUAUUAUUUCUUAAAACGACAUGAAGGACGUACAUUGGUAUUUUGCAACAGUAUUGGCUGUGUCAAGAGGUUAGCUACACUUUUCGGAAUACUCGAUUGCAAUCCCCUUCCUCUUCACGCCAGUAUGAUACAAAGGCAACGUCUAAAAAAUCUAGAAAGAUUUCAGGAAAAUGACAACGGCCUUUUAAUCGCUACUGACGUUGCAGCUAGAGGUUUAGAUAUUCCUAAUGUGGAGCAUGUUAUUCACUACCAAGUGCCUAGAACUUCGGAGAGUUACGUUCAUAGAAGUGGCAGAACGGCUAGAGCACAAAAAGAGGGCAUCACUGUCCUGCUGAUGGAACCUUCAGAAAUGCAAUAUUAUACGACACUUUGCAAGACACUGGGCCGGACUCAAGAUAUACCCACUUUCCCUGUUGUGGAUAGACUCCUCGUGGCAGUGAAAGAACGAGUAAAUCUUGCUCGAGAAAUUGACAAACUCGAGUUGAGAUGCCGAAGAGAUAAUGUCCAAAAAGGUUGGUUGAAAAAAGCAGCCGAAGAAAUGGAUCUGAUUUUGGACGAAGAUCAAGUUGAAACAACUAUGGAGGACAAAGAUUCAGCGGAUUUACGGCGACAAUUGAAAGGGAAGAAGGCACAACUUUCCAAGCUCAUGUCAAGACCACUUUUCCCAAAAGGUUUUUCAGGAAAGUAUCUGGACGGUACACUUGAACUUGAACUACAACAAAUGGGUCAAACUGCAGUGGAAUUGAUGAAGAAAACCAUCGUCGAAAAUCCUAAAUCGCGAACGUUCAAGACUCCGGGUAUAGCAAAGAAAAGUCACGUGAUAAGAAAAGAGAAAAAAAACGAAGGCAAGAAGAGAAAAAAAAUGAAUUAGAAAAAAGCUGAUACAAACAAAUAAACUUCUCAAUAUUUUAUUCGUCCAUUGGGUACUUUUUGUUUUUAAUUCUCUUCGGUAUUCGAAGGACAAUCCCACAUUUAGUCAAAAGGAAAUUCAACUAAAAAAAUUCAAAUAUUCAAUUAAAUUUUGACUUUUUUGCGUCGAAAUAAAGUGGACGCAAUCGUUGAUUCAUUUUUUUGUCUAGGACAAAAAAAAACAAAUUUACUACAACAGUUUUAAUGGAAAUAUUGCAAUAUUUACAGAUUAAAGUAAUCAUUUUGUUUUUUUACAAUUCUAUGUAUGGUACAGUUUGCGGAAAUGUGAUUCAUUACCGUUUAUGCGAAGACGCUCUAUCAUAUUUUAUCUUUUUAAUUUUCUAGCAUAUUUUCUCUGUGCCCAAUAGAAUUUAAUCGAAAGAAGUGUAUUCGACUUGUAAACUAUGUACAUAAAAUACAAGUUGAACAGGAACAUUCUUCGGUGGCAACAAAUAGACUUUUCGAAAACAAAAA